UCCGGGGAAGCGGGGGGCAGGACCGAGGCCUGAGCCGGUGCCCGCUUGGCCGCCUCCCGAAGCCCCAGGGAGCCCUCGCUGCGCCUCCACCAGGUGCAUCCUCUUCGCUCCGCGGACCCCGCGCUGUGCUCCCCGCUGACAUGUGCGCCUCACGGAUGCCGCCCCUGGCGCACAUCUUCCGAGGGACCUUCGUCCACUCCACCUGGACCUGUCCCAUGGAGGUGCUGCGAGAUCACCUCCUCGGCGUGAGCGACAACGGCAAAAUAAUGUUUGUAGAAGAAGCAUCUGAACAAGAAAAACUGGCCAAAGAGUGGUGCUUCAAGCCAUGUGAAAUAAGAGAACUGAGCCACCAUGAAUUCUUCAUGCCUGGACUUGUUGAUACACACAUCCAUGCUUCUCAGUAUUCAUUUGCUGGAAGCAAUGUAGACCUGCCACUUUUGGAGUGGCUGGCCAAAUACACAUAUCCUAUAGAGCAGAAAUUUCAGAGCGUUGACUUUGCUGAAGAAGUAUAUACCAGAGUUGUCCGGAGAACACUAAAGAAUGGAACAACUACAGCUUGUUAUUUCGGAACAAUUCACACUGACUCAUCCCUGCUCCUCGCGGAAAUUACAGAUAAAUUUGGGCAGCGAGCAUUUGUGGGCAAAGUGUGCAUGGAUUUGAACAACACUGUUCCAGAAUACAAGGAAACCACUGAGGAAUCAGUCAAGGAGACUGAGAGAUUUGUGUCAGAAAUGCUUCAAAGGAACUAUUUGAGAGUGAAGCCCAUAGUGACGCCACGUUUUUCCCUUUCCUGCUCCGAGUCUUUGAUGAGUGAACUCGGCAACAUUGCCAAGACCCAUGAUUUGUACAUUCAGAGCCACAUAAGUGAGAAUCAGGAUGAAGUUGAAGCUGUGAAAAACUUAUACCCUGGUUAUAAAAACUACACAGAUGUGUAUGACAAAAACAAUCUUCUGACAAAUAAGACAGUGAUGGCGCAUGGCUGCUACCUUUCUGCAGAAGAGCUUAACGUAUUCAGUGAACGAGGAGCCUCAAUCUCACAUUGUCCCAAUUCUAACUUAUCGCUGACCAGUGGCUUUCUAAAUGUGCUCGAAGUCCUGAAACACGAAGUGAAGAUAGGACUGGGUACAGAUGUUGCUGGUGGUUAUUCAUCCUCCAUGCUUGAUGCCAUCAGAAGAGCAGUGAUGGUUUCCAAUAUCCUUUUAAUUAAUAAGGUAAAUGAGAAAAGCCUCACCCUCAAAGAAGUCUUCAGACUAGCUACUCUUGGAGGAAGCCAAGCCCUGGGGCUGGAUAGUGAGAUUGGAAACUUUGAAGUGGGCAAGGAAUUUGAUGCACUCCUGAUCAACCCCAAAGCAUCAGACUCUCCCAUUGACCUGUUUUAUGGGGAUUUUGCUGGUGAUAUUUCAGAGGAGAUGAUCGAAAUAUUGAAGAGGUUUAUGUGGGCGGAAGGCAAGUGGUCCCGUUCUCAAGCUCUGUGUAAGACCCUUGGGUUUCUGCAAAUGUUCUCCUGGGAUAAAGUGGUCUUGCGUCUCCCUUCUGCCCAGGCGGAGUUAGACAGUCAAAAAAUAGUACCUUGUUCUUGGGAUGACUAUCUCUUUCUGUGUCUACAGUAUGCGCUUGACAAAUCCUUUGAAGGAAGUUGCGUUAAUUCUUAACUCUCUGGUCGGGAGAGUUCAUAAUUUCAUGAAGUUCGUCCAUCUUGAGCUGUUACAGAUUUACUUGAAGCUCAAACAUAAGGAAAUGUUUUUGGUGGUGGUGGUCUUAUUCUGAGAUUUAAGUAAAAUCUAUUUCAUAUUUUGAAAUGUGGAGAGAAAAAAUAUUCCUAUAAGGUUAAAUAUUUUGAGCUAAUAAAUGUGAAAAUUAGAAACCUAAGAAGCACCACUGAGAAUAUUUUUGUGAGAGGGUAGAAGACUGAACAAAUUUUGGAAAAUCACUUAGGAUUGUGUUUGAAAAUUACAUGCUGAGCAUACUACUUUAAAGAGAGAACUUGUUGAAUUUUAAAAUGUGUUUCUAGACCGACCUUGUAUUCUGGAAACUUAAAAGAAUUUGCAUUUCAGAGAUGUGUUAUUGUUGUGCUUCGGCUUCUUUGGGGAUGAAAUGUUGGAAAUUGAAUGCCACAUCUUUGCUUAAGGUAAUCCUGUGCUUGAGAGUGUUUGACAGAAGUGAGUAUUCAAGAUUUAAAGUCUUUUAGGAAUAUUACUCAUAUAACUAUGUGGCAUAAAUAGUUGUAUUUUUGUGUACUUUAAAAUCACCUUGAUUUAUAGUUGUGUGAUGUUAUUGCUUCAGUUUUAUUAGAAGAAAAACGAAUCCCAUAUUCCACUGCUGUGUAGACUAGAGUCUUCCUAAGUUGGAGCAAGUAGUGGACCUGCGGUUGUCAAUACUGAGAGGAAGGGUUCCAUGACACUAUACCAUAAAAAAAAAAAAAAAAAAAAAUAGUUACUGGAAAUUUCAUACAUAGAUAUCAAUCUGCUGGAAUUUUAAAAAUAAAGGACAAAUCCUGUUAAAGAAAUGUUAUUAAAAAUAUGUAAGCCCUGUCUAUUGAAAGCGCUGUUUCCCAGAUUUAUCCAGUUGUCUGUUUAAUUCCUUACUCUCUUCAGGACAUUAGAAAUUUAGAAUAACAACAACAACAAUAAAAAAUGCAUGCCCCCUUUGUGUUUAUAUUAAUGGAACAUAAUUUGUACUAGACAUCUAGGAACAUUAAACAAAGCAAAGAACAUUUUAUACUUCUUAACUAAUAUAGCGUGUUUUCCCAUAACCUAGAAUUGAAACCAAAUUAUGACCUUAUAAUAAGUCCUUAAAAAGUAUUGAUAUGAACGUAUCAUUUAAAUCCCACACAUUUCUCAUUUAAUUCUGAUUAUUGUAAAUCAACAAGGAAGAGGGAUAGUUUUUCUUAAUAUAUCAUAAACUUGUUCCUGGAACUUAGAUGGGACUUCUUAAUAUUGCCUCAUGGUAAAGAGUUUUAUGUAAUAUGGCUAACUCCAUAUUUACAGAACUAAGAACACAAUUCCUCCUCCUGUACUAUAAAUUCUAUUUUCACAUAUUCAUGCAAAUUCAGCAGUAAUUUACCCAGUUUUUUCUAUUUUUUUCUGGCAGGCUGGCAACAACAACAGAAACACUUUUAGAUUUGAUUUGAUUUGAUACCCUAAACCUAAAGAUGGAACACAUUUUUGCUUGUAUGUGUAUUUUUUAAUAACAGAAUUAGUGUUGUGGGAUAUUACAUUUACUCAGUAAAUCUGAUGUCAGUCUGCUAUUUCCAGUAUUUUUAAUUCCUGACCCAUGUCAAAGAUGACCUGCCAGAUUUCUCCCCACUUCUCUAUAGUGCUGGCAGGUGUUAGCUGCUCUGUCUUCCAACUCCUCCCAGAGGAACUUGGUUGCAUGGUGUCUAACCCAAAGGAAUAGACUCAGAAAUUCAGUGAGAUGGGCAAGAGCUACUAUUAGACAGCAGCUACUCCCAACAGUUGCAAGAUCUUAUACUUUUACUUUCUUUAAGCGUAGACAUUUUGAUGUUGAACAUCAAUUUUCAUUUAGAUUUAGAAUCCACAUACAGAAAAUAUAAAUGUGUGGCAACAGAAGCAGGAAGAAUGGCCAUUUACAACCAAUCUGUCAAACAUUAGAUUUAACCUUGAUAGUAUGUUAAGACCUGCAUAUCAUUUCUAGUAAGAAUAGAAUGUGUUGAGAUGUUUACAUGUACUUUGAUCUCCCUACAUCCCUAUAGCUUAUGUGUUUUCUUCCUCCAAGUGCAGCGUUUCUGAAUGUUGCCUAUGCUCUUUGCAGUACUGUAGGCACUAGCCAUACUUGUAGCCAGAUGUUCCGUGCUUUGAAAUGUUGCCUUUGCCUGAUGUAGGUUGACUUUCUGAAUUGUGGAGAGGCAGUAUUCCAAGCCAAUCCUAGUUGUCACUUUAUCCUUGAAUACUUUGCUCUCUGACAGGAAAGAGAAUGAAAACUUACCAGCCCCCUCACUCCACCCCACACCAUUUCACAGUAUUUUUUAAUGGAAUGCACUUGGAAAGGUAAAAAAGUAUUCAAUAAUAGUGUCUGUCAAAAAUUUAUAAGAUUUUUUUUGCAACAGCAACACAAAAGCAAACAGUCUUUUUUUUUUUUUUCCCAAAAGAGAUUGAAACAUGGGAAAUAAAAGAUUAGGCCAUGAGAGGUUGUCCUAGUCAUUGAAAAUUGAGAUUCAGGAGCCUCCUCUCCCCCUUAUUUAUGCCCUAGUUUUUUUCUAUGAUUUAAUUGUCGAAGAUUUCAGAAUCAAGAGGAUGUCUUAGAACAGGAAGAAGUCUUUCUGAGUUAAUGCUUGUGAGCAUUGAACCCCAUUGGAUCUCUUUUUUUACUUCAGUGAGAAUGCUACACGUUAAAGGAGGGGAAGUGGUAGGAAAACACUGCCUAUGAUGCUUAGCUGAUUUUGAAGUGUGCUUUGAAUAUCCCUGUUGGCAGCUGCAGCUGAGAUCUUAGAGAGGAAAUGUAAUGGGUGUGAGAUCCAGCAAUGUAUUUUGAAUCUUCACGGCCUACCAGACUUUUCCUAUUUUGAAUCUUUUCAUUUCAGCCAGGCAGAUGGUGAGCUUUAAAGGCAAGCUGGAAGGCAUGUUGUGUCAGUUCUACCUUGUGCCAUACACAGAAGUACCCAGAAUUGAAUGUUCCUGUAGCCUAAUGGGGAGUCCCUGGGUGGUUGUAAACGUUUAACACUUGACUGACAACCAAAAGGUUGGAGAUACAAACCCACCCAGAGGCACUUCAGAAAAAGUCCCCCUGGUGAUCUAAUUCUGAAGAAUCAGCCAUUGAAAACCCUACGGAGCGCAGUUUCUACUCUGAUAUACGGGGUUGCCAUGAGUUGGAAUGGCCUUGACAAUAACUGGUUCACAAAAUAAUACUUACUCUGUCUGUGAUGCCCUGAGAUAUUCCCUGUACUAUUUUAUUUUAUUCCACCCCAUUUUAUUCUAUUUAAUUUUUUUAUGUUGAUUGGUAGCCUACUGGAAAUCUUUUCAUUGUCCAUUAUUUAGAUUGAUGAUGAUGCUGGAAACAUGCUUAAAAAGAGGUUUAUGCAUUAUUAAAAGGUAAGCUAAGAUAUGUCCCAUGGAUAGUGAUUUGAAAUUAUUUUUAAAUUGAGUAGAUUUUUAUGAAUUUUGAAGUUAUUUUUUUGAGGACUUAAAGGAGAUAUUUGCAGUUUCAGACAUGCCUCCACUUCAGGUAUGAUUUUAGGGAAAGCAUAGAAAGAAGUGCCCACAUGAAUAGACACAGCUAGGAAACCUUAACGUUGGUCCCAGGCUUGUUUUCAUGCUUAGCCUCAUCUCACUUCCCCUCCCACAAGCCUGAAUGUAAGAGAUAGAGAGUUAAGGGGCCAGUUCGUGGACAUAGUCCAAGUCUGAUGAAAUGCAAGAGUCCAACAAGCCAAUGGUGAAGUUAAAUGUAAAUUCCAAGACGGCGUUCACAGUCAAGUAACUUGGGGUUCAGGUAACUUGGGUAACGGAUGCUAUUCUUAGCUCAUCUCUUAUGUGGCAGUUACUUAUCUGUCCAUUCCCUACUCAAAAUCCUGUCAAAAAGCGUUCUUUAGAGAAAACCAUCUUAAAUUGUUGUUAAACUCCAACUGCUACUCUUAAGAAGGUAUAUGUAUGUAUUCUUAGGGAAAUUUUUUCUCAAUAUUUUUAUCGAUUUGCUUAUUGUUCUUGUGCUGAGUGAGCUCUUUUGUGCUUCAGACAAAAAUAAAUGAGACCUUGUGUUUACAUUAAUUUUUGUUGUGAGUUCUAUCUAGUCAAUUUUGUUGUGAGUUCUAUCUGUCUGAUAGAAAGAGGAUUAAUUUUAUGAUGUUUUUCUCCUUUUAACAAGAAUUUUGAAAAACAAAAUAGAUUAUGUAGCUGUGGGCCAACAUGUACCUUCCAUCCUAUGCUAAAAACCAAACCAAACUCAUUGCCGUUGAGUGGAUACUGACACAUCACGACCCUGUAGGACAGAGUAGAACUGCCCUAUAGGGUUUCCAAUGGUGACUGGUGGAUUCGAACUGCUGACUUUUGGUUAGCAGCCAAGCUCAUAACCACUGUGCCACCAGGGCUCCAUAGCAAUGUUAUGAUAAGGUCACUGUAAAUAGCUUCCUAAAAAUUAAGCUAUAAUGUUGAGCCCUUUAGAGUCAGAUUGCUAUCACUUUUUAUCUCACAAUAGUUAGUUAAGCUCAUUCUACUUGGGUUUUAUGUACCUGGGGUUUUAAAAGGAAAAAAGGCUGAGAGGUAGUAUAAAGGUUAAGUGGGUCCUAGACCAAUGUAUUUCAUACUAUUUAAACCACAAUCCAGAGUGAGAAACGCACUUUACGUCAAAAGUAUGUGCAUGUAUAUUUAAAACGAAGGUUUCACAAAAAUAAUACUUUCCCUAUCUGUGAUGCCCUGAGAUAUCCCCUGUACUGUUUUAUUCCACCCCAUUUUACUUUAUUCUAUUUAAUUUUUUUAUGCUGAUGAUGAGUUCCCAAAUUGGUUUCAUGAACCUCCAGUGGGUCAUGACCUGCAGUGUCAAAGCAGGUCUUCAGGGCUGCAUUUGCAUCUAGGCUUGGCUACUGCCUGACUGGGUGGACAAGUUAUGCUUUAAAUCUCCAUGUCUGAGUUCCUUCCUCUGUGAUACGAGGAUAACCUGAGUAACUGCCUUAGAGUCAUGAGGGUUAAGUAAAAUAAUACCUGUUGCUGUGCGGUCAAUUCGGACACAUCGUGUCCCGUAGGGCUUUUAAUGGCUGGUUUUGGCAGUAGACUGCCAGACCUUUCUUCCAUGGCACCUCUGGGAGGACUGGAACCACCAAAUUUUUGGUUAGCAGCCGAGCACAUUAACUCAUUGCACCACCCAGGGACUCCAAAAUAAUACACAGGCAGCUCUUAGGUGGCAUCUGGGACGUAAUGAGUGCUCAUGAUGUGGUAGCUGUUAUUUUAAAAAUUAUUUUUUAAAUAAAUGAACAAAAAAAUACAGACUAGAAAAUAAAAAUGUUUGAAAUAUAUUUCUGUUUAUUUUUUAGAAUAUAAAUCAAGUGAUGCUAAAGAUCCACAAUGUUAAAAGUUCUGUAAGGACCUCAUCUGACUUUUUUUGGCACUGAUUUGUUCAUUAUUUUUUAUUUAUAACAUGAACUCAUAAGAGAGUAGUAGAUUUAAUCUGUAAAUUCACCCUCAGUGCUCUGAGCACUUUUUUCUCCUCCUCAAGAGCAACGUAGUCAAAAUACCCAGAAAAGAAAUUUCAUGUGCAUAAUUUUGCAUUAAUGUGUGGCUAAUUUGUAUGUUGUGGGCACUGGGCCCCACCCUAGGUAAUUAAUAAAAAAAACAUGAAAAUCAUUAUAUGAGGCUAAGUUCAGGAUUUAAAUAAAAUAAGGUUUGGACUUAAAAUAAAUACCUGCCAGCAGUAAGACAAGACUUGGGCAAAAGUGUUUAAAACUCCAUGAAGAGGCUACUCAGACAAAGGCGCUGUCCACAUGAGGGGCUGUCACUGAGAGGAGGGUGAGUUUCUUUUUUUUUUUUUUCCAAUCUUGUUUUAAAAUAAGGGAAGACGUCUCUGCCCUUUGAAAGUGAUACCAAAAACCAAACCCAUUGCCAUCUAGUCGAUUCCGACUCACAGUGACCCUAUAGGAAGAGUAGAACUGCUCUAUGGGGUUUCCAAGGAGCAGAUGGUGGAUUCAAACUGCCGACCUUUUGGUUAGCAGCCAAAGGCUUAACCACAGUGCCACCAAGCGAUAUAACAUCAUCGUAAAACAUAAUUAUUCUUUUUUUUUUUUUUUUUCAUCUUUGGGAGGCAAGAACAGUUUGCAGUCAACUACUAACCUAAAGGUUGGCAGUUUGAACCCUACCCAGUGGCGCUGUGAGAGAAAGGCCUAGCAAUCUGCUUCCGUAAAGAUGACAACCAAGAAAACCCUAUGGAGCAGUUCUACUCUAUAACACAUGGGGUUGCCAUGAUUCAGAAUCGCCAUGAUAGCAACAGGUUUGCUUUUUUCUUUUUUUAAUUAUUUUUUUCACUGAUCUUCCUUUACCCGUUACCUCCAGCACCACUGUAAGGUUACAAUGAAUUUGUCAGACUUCUUGAGUUUGUCGUUAACUCUCGAAUUUUUUGUGUUUCUGUCAUAGCUUGGAAUUGACUUGAUGGCAGCAAGGCUUCUAUCAUAGUUCAGUCUGUAUUUCAGGGUAUAAAGUUUUUUCAAAGAUUGCUAAAAGCAUUCCCUGCAGCAGCAACUUUGUUAGGAAAUUCUUCAGUAGUAGCUCAGAGAAAAAUAAAAUCAAUAUUUUUCUUCUAAUUUAAGAAGUGGUAAAGAACUGUGAACAGAUCCCAUGGAAAUUUACAGGCCACUUGGACCCACCUAGAUUGCCCACAUUCUGCCCUUAUCCCAACAGGACUGCCCAGCCUUGUAGGGAGUAAGCAAACAUUCAUCACCGUGUUUGUAGGAAGGAAACCCGAAGUCAUAGCAGUAAAGUCUAACAUAAGAGAAAUAAAGGCCCUGGAAAAAUGAUCAUUUGGUCAGAUGACAAGGGGUUCUUAUACCUUACUUGAAACUGGAACUUCUAGCCUCACUGUGAAAUUAACUUCUGUUCUUUUAAUCUUGGAUAGUCUCCACAAAUAAGACUUUUGUUUUACUGCCGUCAAAGACAGCCAUAACCUACAAAUGAAUAAACCCAGGGAAAAGUUUCAUUCUUUCCUUUAAUUUCUAAAUUUGUUGUCCUGGAGUGCCUGAGAGACUUUAUAAAGCUCCUCCCUGCCCCACCCGCAACACUUUGCAAAAGCUGGUUCUGUCCACACUUGAGUCUGGGAACAAAUGCAGGGAUGAUUUUGUGCUUGUAAAGCACUUUGAAAACCUUGAUUGAAGCACAGAAACAGAUAAAGGCGUGAGAGGCUUUUGUUAUUUCAAAGGAUAUAACUAAGAGGCUCAGUAAAAGCAGCACACUUCUUUCAAUUCAUGAACACUUCCUGGCAGAAUGAUGAAAGAUGAAUCGGGCUUAGCAAAUUAUGUAUUCUGGACUAAUUUAUAUAACCACAACAAACUCUUCAGUGUCACGAACAUGUCCUAGCAUAAUGCGAUGACAUACUAUGUAAUCAGUAAAAUCUCAUGGUAAUUAUUCUGUAGCAUGGAUGUGAAAGAGAAGCCACAGAGUAGCUGUUGAGGCUGCUUAUGAACAAGCAAACACCUCAUGGAAUUUGGUUCCUUGGUUUGGAGGUUUAGGGUGAUGUUUUCAUGGGACAUCCCAGUUAAUUGGCCUAAUAUCAUGUUUAGUGCAUCUGUUCUACCUCCUAGUUUGUUGUGCAGUGCCUGGGGUCUUAAAAGCUUGCAAGCAGCCGUCCAAGGCACAACAAUUGGUCUCUAUUCACCAGGAGCAACAGAGGAAGAAAGAGAAUCAAGAAUAGGAGGAAGAUAUGGAAUGUGUGGCUCCAUGAACAGCUGCCUCCUUUGUCAUGAGACUAGAAGAACUGGAAGGUGCCCAGCUACCAUUACUGAACAUUUUGAUCAACGAUUCCAUAGACAAAUCCUCAUCAAGAGGAGGAAAAUGCAAAACAGGAUUUCAAAUCUCAUGGACUCCAGACUUUCUGGAGCCAUGGAAGGUGGAUGAACCCCUGAAACUAUUGCUCUGAGAUAAUCUGUAAACCUUAAACCAAAAAUAUCCCCUGAAGUCUUCUCAAAAGUGAACAGUAGUUUAGCUUAGCUAGUGCAAAAGGUCUACCUUGAGUGUUAUGCUCUUUUAAGAACUAUCUAUAUGGCAUCAAAUUGACAACAGCAACUUGAAAGAUUACAUAUGAACCUUAGAGGGCAUAGAAUUUGUGUUAAUGUGGAAAGAACAAUUCAGAAAAGGAGGAUGAGAAGUUGCACAACUUGAAGAAUGUAAUUAAUGUCACUAAAUUGUACGUGCAGAACCUGUUGAGUUGGUGUACGUUUUGCUAUGUAUAUUCUCAACAAAAACAACAAAAUUAGAAAAAAGAAGGUGGCUAAUUUUUUAAGUUCAGUAAUUUUUUUUUUUAAUCUUGUCCAGAACAAUUAUGCAAUUCUUGUGGCAAAUUAUUUAAUAAAACAGGUUUUUGUUAUUGUUAGUGGCUAUUGAGUCAGCUCCAACCCAUAGUGGUCCGUAUACAACAGAACAAAAUGAUUUCUGGCCUUGCGCCAUAUUUACAAUCACUGGUAUGCUUGAGUCCAUUUUUGCAGCCACUAGGGGCCUCAUCUCCCAGCACUAUAUUGGACAGUCUUCUAUUGUGAUGCCUAAGGUUUUCAUUGGCUAAUUUUCAGAAGUAGAUGGCCAAGCCUUUCUUCCUAAUGUGUCUUAGUCUGGAAGCUCCACUGAAACCUGUCCACCAUGGGUGACCUUGCCUGUACUGGAAAUACCAGUGGCAUAGCUUCCAACAUCAUAGCAAGAAACAAAACACCACAAUACUGAUGUACAGAUGGUGGAAUAAAACUUAAUAGGAGAAAACAUUCAUUAUGUAGAACCUUAUACAAAAUCUUCAUGUGCAUGUAAAAUUACUGCCCAGUUUAAAUAAAAAGAAGACAACAUAAAUGUGUAUAAAAUCUUCACUUAAUGCUGUUUAUGGUGGUACAGUGGUUAAAAACUCAGCUGCUAACCAAAAGGUCGACAGUUCGAAUCCACCAACCACUCUUGGAAACCCUAUGGGGCAGACCCUCCUCUGUCCUGUAGGGUUGCUAUGAAUCAGAAUCUUCUCCAUGGCAAUGAGUUUGUUUUGUUUUACGACACCAUUUAACAUGGCAUAACCCAAAAGAAAUUGAAAUUAAUUAAUUGGGUUCCCCUGAAAUGCACUUGGCUAUUCUCUUUUGCUCUUCAUGUCUCGGCAAUAUUAAUACUUAAAACUAGGUGCUUGUUUUGAGAUAGGAAUCCAUACACGCAGGAAGCACAAAGUAACUGACUAUGAAGUAAUAUUGAAUUUAUUAAUCAUAAAAAAAAAGAAUCAUAAGGUUGGUAAAAUUUCAAUGAUACUCAUUCAACCAACGGUUCAUUGAGUGCACACUUGAUGCCCUGGCACAGGCCAGCCUUGAGAGUUAAAAACAACGUUCAUCUCCUUGAGGAGUUCACAAGCUGGGAUGUAGUGAGAGGAACUAUGUAAUCAAGUCAAUCUAUUACAUUAAUGACAGACUUAUAGAGCACCAAGGAAGAGGUGAGUAGAGUGAAGAGAGGGCAAAGGAUGAUGGAGAACAUCUCACUGAAGAAGAGAAAAUUCCUGGAGCUUGGUUCCAGGAAGAAUAGGAAUUUAUAUUGAGUGUGAAGACUCUCAAAAUUUUAUUCCAACAUGAGGAUUCAGCAUAAGCAACAGCAAGUCAUUAUGAAAAACUUGGCCUCUGAGGUAGAAUAUUAAGAAAUUCAGUGUGACCUUAAUACCUGGUUUGUGGAGAAGACUACUUUGAAAAAUAGGAUGGGAUUAGACUGAAAAUUUUAUUUGCUGUGCUCAAGAACAUAGACUUUAUCCUGCAUACAAUAGGGCUUUAAAAUCCUUUCAAGACCCAAUUAUUUUUUGCUUUAAAUUUUUUUGUCAAUACCAUGUAUUUUCAUUAAUGGAAUGCAUACUGAAUCAUUGAGUGUAUUUGAAUUUUUGGUAGGUACUUUGUGUGUUUUUCUUGCCUCAUCCCACCAAUCCUAAUCUCAGUGUCCAGAGCACUAUGUGUACCACUAAUUCUACUCCCCCAGAGUCCAAUGGGACAUAUAUGUCUCAAAUAGAUUUUUUUAUUAUCAAAAUCCGUGUUUUUCAUACGAAAAACAUUGAUUCAGCACUACCUCAUACAAUACCCUGUAAAAAAAGUAAUUUGUGGUACAAGCACAUUUCUUCUAUUUCAUACAAUUUUGGAGCAGCAUGUCUUACAACAGCACGCACUGUCAGUGGGAUCACCAAAGCCAAAUCCGUUGCCGUCAAGUCGGUUCCUUCUCAUAGCAACCUUGUAGGACAGAGUAGAACUGCCCCCAUAUGGUUUCCAAGGAGUGCCUGAUGGGUUCAAAGUGCUGAGCUUUUGGUUGGCAGCUAUAGCUCUUAACCACUACACCAUCAGUGUUUCCAUAAGUGGGAUAGCUUCUCGAUAAACCACAUGUAGGUGUAGGUAAGAGGCGGGAAACAUAGGUGGUUGUUAUAUGUACCACAGGUCACAAAACGGACAAGGAAGUGAUAUGAUUAAAGAAAAAAAAUCACAGUAACAAACCAGAAGGUGGGUUAGAAGUGGGCAGCAAGGAGGGUAAAUUGGAAGAGGGAAGUUAUCCCAACACUUCAAUGAGAGGUGAGGGUCUAAAGUUGAUUAAGCGAAGAAGUUGGGUGUUGGGAGAAAGCAUCAGACUGAGGAGUAUUUCUGAGGGUAAGUGGGUAACUGACUAAUCCUAUAUGCAAGGAGGGGCAGAGUUGAUAUAAUCUGGUUUUUCUAGCUUGAGAGAAUGGGAAGAUGGGAAAGCAUUACAAAGAUGUAGAAAGAAGGAGCAGGGAGCAGUUGAAGCACAGGGAACAAAGGGCAGGUCUUAAUGAGUUUGUAGGGUCAAUAAAUAAAUAUCUGGAACCAAAGAGGUCUGAGCUGUUGGGCAUUGUAAUAAUUUUUAUCACAUUACAUUAGCAAAUUAAAAACUCUGAGAUGCCUAUGGUAAAGAAAACUGUUUAACGUUAAACUUUCCAAAUUAAUGUUUCAACAAAUUCCAUGCCUUAAUUUUUUAAUGUCUCAUCUAAUUAAUAUCCCAUCAAUCAAAAAUUUUGAGUACCACAGUUUGAGAGACUAUUCUUUUAAAAAUGUGGGCUAUAGCUGGAGUUGUAAAUUUGGAGAGCAUAAAGAAAAACAAAAACUUUUUUUUUUUAUGGUGGGAAAGUUUGAAUAUAUUGGCCACUGAGGGAAAAGCCCUUGCAAAGAGAAAAGUGCAACAGAUGGAAGAGAGAAAGUUAAUUGGUGGAACGAGGAUCUGCCCGGAGCAUGAGGGGAUUGGUUAGCAGUGAGAGGAAGAAGGGCAUGACAAUGGAAGCCACUAUAAAUAGGUUUAGAGACUGAAAAGAAAGAAGUUGAGUGAGGACCAGCUUGAUGGCCUUUCUUCUGUGGGUGUGUGAGGUAAGAUUAUCUAAUAAUGAAGAGGUGCAGGUCAGGUCACAACUUGGCAGAAAAGUAGUAACACUUGGAAUAUUUACAUUGGAAACUAUAAUUAGUACUUCAGAGGACAAUAAAGAAUAAUUGAGGUGCAUAUUUGAGAACCCACAUUGUUUGGAAAUCAUAUAAUUUGCAAUCAGCAAAUGUAAGUGAAUUUUCAUUAGUCUUAGUCAGUAGAAAUGAUAAAAAGCAACGACAUGUAUUUAAUUUAGGUUUGAGGGUUGAUAAAAAUGGAUGUCGUUGUGUAGGGGCAAGGGAAUUUUGGGUGAACACUCUGGAUUGGGUAAAGAGAAAAGUAAGGUAAGAAUGAGGUAGACAAAUCCAGUUACCAGGGGCCUUGGUUCAAAAUUGAGGUUUCCGGACCCUUCUCCCUGGAGAUGCUGAUUCAAUAGGUCUAGACGUGUCCUGAGAAUCUGUAUUAUGUGGGGAGAGCCAUCUUGGAGGUGACAGGUCCUGGUGUGAUCAUGCAUGUGAGCCGCUAAAGAGAGAGGGCAGGAGACUUGCUGAGUCAGAAGCUGUGAGCAUCAUGUGCUACCUGGCAGUUAUUAGCAUUCAUGAAGCAGUAGGUGAACAUUCAACAUUUCAUGACCUAGGCCCAGCUGGUGGGGAAAGAGAUGACGGUAGCCAUAUUCUCACCACAUGGAGGCAUCUGAAAGGGUGAGCUCUGCAUAAACAUCCAGAGAGGCCUUGUGCUUACUCUGGGAUGAGAUACACAUACACAUUCCUGGAGGUAGUGAGUCUGUGAUUACCACCCUAAAUUCCAGGAUGCCCGCCUCCUGUUGCUCUGCCCUUUUAUGUCCCCUCCCCAUUGUUGUUAGCUGCCACGGAGUUGGCCCCUGACUCAUGAUGACUCCGUGCACAAUGGAACUAAACGCUGCCCAGUCCUGCACCACCCCUAUGAGUGACUGCACAGAUCUGACUAUUGUGAUCCAUAGGGUUUUCACUGGCUGGUUUUCAAAAAUAGGUCACCAGGACAUCCUUCCUAGUUGGUUUUAGUCUGGAAGGUCCGCUGAAGCCUGUUCAGCAUCAGAGCAACUCACAAGCCUCCACUGACAGGUGGAUGGUGGCUGAGCUUGAGGUGCAUUGCCUGGGAUCAAGCUCAGGUCUCCCACGUGGAAGGUAAGAAUUCUACCACUGAACCACCCAUUUCUCAUCUCCACCACUCCCAUUAUCCUUACCUACUUUCUCUUAAGCUACUUCCAGCUGAGUUUGUCACUUGCAACUUAAAGGGCCCAGAAAAUCCUAAAGACUCCUCAGCCCCUAUUUUUCCCCAGGAUGCUGAACACUUUACUUUAGAAACAGAUUAGAGGAGUCCCUGGGUAGCAUGAAUGAUUAAGUGCUCACCUACUAAACGAAAGGUUGGAGGUUCUAACCCACCCAGAGGUGCCUCAGAAGAAAAGCCUAGCGAUCUGCUUCCAAAAGGUCAUAGCUUUGAAAACUCCACAGAGCGCAGUUCUGCUCUGCAAAACACGGGGUCACCAUGAGUUGGAAUAGACUCGAUGGCAACUGGUUUGUUUAACACCCUUGAGUACUGCACUCUUGUCAAAAAUCAUCUAUAUGAGACCAAAUGGUCCACAGUUACUCUAAAGCGUAGAUGAGAAAGUUGAGGUGCAGUGAGGCUAGGUUAAUGGGAAUGGACAGAACAGUUAAAAUGGAAAUAAUGGGGUUGUUGAUACAAUGCAAAGAAUGCAAAAAAUAUGACUCAGCAAUAUGUGUAGAAAUUAUUGAAUGGGAACCUGUUUUGCUGUGUACAUUUUGCCCCAAAAUACAAUGAAAUAUUUAAAAAAAAAAUAAAAUAAACAUAAAAAGAAACUGAUUAUUAACUUAGAAAUGCCCAUUUUCUUUUAAGUGAGUAAAUGAAUUACAAGCAAAGGAACAAUUCUCUAUUCAUCAGGCAUUUGGCCACUUUACUCUCCCCUCCUCCCUUCUAACUCCAAACCUGGUCAGAAUCUGUAGGCCCUAUAUCCUUAGGGUCACCUCUAGCCUGACUGUGGUGCUCUUGGGGGCCCCCAGUGGGUCUCUCAUUUCUGUACAUAAAAGUACUGAGGAUUAGUCCCUCACUGCAGAGUCCCAUGAGAUACCAGGAAAGUAAGGUAUUGUUAUAGAAAUAAAUGGUGGCAAAUUCAGGCAAAAGAAGGACCCACUCCUCUGCAGAGAAAAACAUGCUUCUCAAGAUGACUUCGUGAGUUGACCUACUGCAGGACACCCUGGCGAGCCACGUGGAGCAGAUGGCUAGGCCGUUUGAUAGAGGGCACUGAGGUCAUUGGGUCACCCCCAAAGGGGAGCCUCCUCCAUCCAGGCAUGCACAGAUUAAACAGGACAAACCGGCUCACUCAAAACCUUGAAAUGUGAAGCCCUGGCCAUUUCUGAUUGAUUUCUUUUGAGUUCUUACCAUUGAAAUCAACAACUGUUAGUUAACACCUUUGUGGAAGCCCUUCCAUCCUUUACCUCUGCCAACCUGGACUGAUUAAACACAGAUGAGGGAGUGGGGAGGCAUCACAGAAGAAAGACCCAUGUGACCUUUGUAGGGAGGAUCAAGUUUCCUUGCUGUAGAAGGAAGCUUAAAGUCAGGAGAGGGAUUCUAACUCAAAAAUACAGGGACACAAUUCUACUACUGUAGUGUGCUCCCGGCCAUUAUGUCCUGACACGCUUACGGGCAAUGAAUGGGCAAUGGCAUGGGCCUGCUUUGAUCUUCUAGGUGUCCUAGAGGGGCCAGGUGAGAACUACCGUGGCCAGAGAUCAUGCGCUGUUCUACUGUGGCUACAAUCAACCCUACCCUUUUUUUCAAGGCACUGUACAAAUAAUAUCACCCUCUAUUUGUGCAGGAAACAGAGUAAAGUUAGAGAGCACUGUUUUAUACAACCUGGCCUCUUCUGCCCCCAGCGUGCUGGUGGUUUGUCCUGGUUGCCAGACGCUUGUUUGGUUAGAAGCAGAACAGUCCUCAGAGUUCCCUGUGGUCAGUUGCGGCUCACUGGACACCAGCAACUGGAGGCAGAGCAGCAGUACCCUUUGGAGCCAUAGCAAGCCUACUGACUGCCACAGAAAUGUCUUUUCAUUUCUUUCCUGGGGCUGCUGAGUGCUUGAGACAAGGUCUAAGUCUCUUUGGGCUCUCCUGGGGGAUUCUGCUAUAUGCUGCUCUGAUUGUUUUCAUAGCGAAGACCAACUUUAAGGAGGGAAAAAGAGCAAGUCAAAAGUUUGUCUGUCUGUAUUCACAAAUACUGUAGAGCUAGCAAGAAGGUUCCACAGAUUACAUGAACUCAUGAAGCCCUCGAGUCACCUGGAGAGGAAGCCAGUCCUCAGGAGCUACAAGCACGGAGUUUGGCAGCACUUAAUGAAUAUCUCAACAGCAUCACCUCUUCACUUGGGGAUAUGAUAGCUCUUUUCAAAAAAAUAACAGAAAAUGAGCCCCCUAAACCUACAUUUCCUGCGAUGAUGAUGGCUUGACUUCAAGAACAAAACAGUCGCUUCAAAAUAUAUCAAAAUCCCUUCAAAAGCAACCAAUGCAAAUGCCAUCUUAAGAACAUUACCAAAGAACACACAGCUUCAGAUGGAAAUCCGGGAUAGCUUGGAUGAAAACACUCAUUUUACGGAAAGCCUAAAACUACAUCCCCAAGAAGCUUCCAGUUGGAAGGGAAGAGUGUGGGAAAUGAAAGAGCAAAAGAACAAGCGUCGCAACUUCAACAGGACUCAAACAGGGUGUAAAUGCUAAGAACAGCCAGUUAGAAUAUCUGCAACUAUACUAAAAGGAGGAGGGGGGAGACCUGGCGGUGCAGUGGUUAAGGCUGCUAACAAAAAGGCCAACAGUUUGAAUCUACUGGCCAAUCCUUGGAAAACCCAUGGGGCAGCUCUACUCUGUCCUAUACAUUUGCUAUGUGUUGGAAUCGACUUGACAACAACGGGUUUGGUUUUUGGUGUACACUAAAGAGGAUAAGUCUGCCUGCUCCUUUAGAAAGAUGACAUGGGUGAUGUCUGCUCGAAAUUAGACAAAAAGGUGUGAUUCUGGAUUCAUGCAACCAACCUCUGAACGUACGUAAUCACAACAGGAUAUCUGAAUGUGUUUCUUCUUUUUAAAAUAGAUAUCUCUCUUUUCAUGUUAACUGCUUCACCUUAAUUGAUUCUAUGUUUGCUUUUAUUUGCUGAGAUAGUAUUUUUAAAUAAAGAUGGUUAAAAUAUAAUUCUUAUGAACAUUAUUUUUACUUUAAUUCUUUUUCCUCUAGAAUAGGAUGGUAUAAGCAUUGCAUUGAAAUAAAGGGUCAACUAUUACUUAAACCGUAAUUGAAGUUUGACUUAACUGAGUAGAGACAUUUAAAACAAUAAAGAGCAUUUGUAUAUGAGUUUUUAUUGGAAAUAUGUAAAGAAAACUAAAUGUUUACAUCAGUAAGUUUUGACUGAUUUUAAAAAUAAUGCAAAACCCCUGCACAAUAGAACAACACAAAGGUAAACUUAGUGACAUUUUUAUUAGUUAAGCCAAAGGUUAAUGAUUAAUUUAGGAGAGUUGACAUUUUGUAAUCAUUUGUUUCUUCUUUUGUGAUUUUUAUUUAGCCUUUAUUAUUUUGCUUAAGAUAUUCCUUACGUUUUAAACAUUUCUAAAUUUUAUGUGGCUAAAAUACAUUUUUUGUUAUGGAAAAUAAGAUUGGGUGACCCCAUUGCCAGUAGGCAGCAGUAGCUCAACUGUCCCUUAGUAAAGGUGACAGUCAUCCUCUCCACCCUGCCGUGCCCUGCUCUUGGAUUACCUGCCCUUCCCUCAUUCUCAUGCCAGUCAAAGGCAGUACUUUGUACUAUGACAUCCCACCCCACAAUCCCAGGUAUGUGAG